UGAAGACAAGACUCUGCCUAUCCCAUCCAAGUCUCACGCCCCAUCUCCUCUUCUUCUUCUUCUUCUUCUUCAAAUCAAACAAGAAACAAAAACAACAGCACAGAGAAACCAACAAAACGCAUCAACACAGAGCACUGCACGGCACCCAAACCAGAAAGUAAGAACCGAAAAGAGAUGUCAAAGGAAGUGAGUGAAGAAGGGCAGACCCAGCAUAGGAAGGACUACGUGGACCCGCCCCCUGCUCCCCUCUUGGACUUUGCCGAGCUCAAGCUCUGGUCCUUCUACCGUGCCCUCAUCGCCGAGUUCAUUGCCACCCUCCUUUUCCUCUACGUGACCAUCGCCACCGUCAUCGGCCACAAGGUGCGCUACGCCGCUGACCAAUGUGACGGCGUUGGCAUCCUCGGCAUCGCCUGGGCCUUUGGUGGCAUGAUUUUCAUCCUCGUUUACUGCACUGCCGGCAUCUCCGGUGGGCAUAUCAACCCUGCGGUGACAUUUGGGCUGUUCCUGGCGAGGAAGGUGUCGCUGUUCAGGGCAGUGGCUUAUAUGGUGGCACAGUGUCUGGGAGCUAUCUGCGGAGUUGGGUUGGUGAAGGCUUUCAUGAAGCACCACUACAACACUUGGGGUGGGGGUGCCAACUCUGUGAUGCAUGGCUACAGCAAGGGCACUGCUUUGGGUGCUGAGAUCAUUGGUACUUUUGUCCUUGUUUACACCGUUUUCGCCGCCACCGACCCCAAGAGAAGCGCUCGUGAUUCUCACGUCCCUGUGUUGGCUCCUCUGCCAAUUGGGUUCGCCGUGUUCAUGGUUCACUUGGGUACCAUUCCUAUCACUGGAACUGGUAUCAACCCUGCUAGGAGCUUUGGUGCUGCCGUCAUCUACAACAAUGACAAAGCCUGGGAUGACCAGUGGAUCUUCUGGGUUGGACCAUUUGUGGGGGCAUUGGCAGCAGCAGCAUAUCAUCAGUACAUCUUGAGGGCUGCAGCUAUCAAGGCCUUGGGAUCUUUCAGGAGCAACCCCACAAACUAAAGUUAAAAAAGAAAAAAAAGGCCAUCCAUCCACCUGUCCAUGAGGCGUGAAGAAAUUAAUGAAUUCCUAAUUCUCUCUCAAUAUCUGGAAUUGCUUGUUUUCCGUCGUGUGUGUUAGAUAGAUAGAGGGAGAGGAUUUAAUUUAUGAACCAUCCCAUCUUUUCUUUUGUAAACUUAUCAUUCCCUUUAACUUGUUUUUCAUAUAGCUUCCAUCUUUUUUUUUUUUUUUUUUUUUUAUGUUUUUCCUAUUUGUUGCUAGUCUUGGAUGUGUAUAUUUAUUUGGUAUGAUGAAUAGUGCUGGUGGAGUUGUUUCUUUAAAUCUCUGCAAA